AUGUCCGAAGAUUUCGGUCCUGAUAUUGAACAACUACGGAAUAUUCGGACCCGGCUAGACCAGCUAAGGAACGACAGAGACCACUAUAUCAAAGCAGCUGAUAUUGAUGGUCUCUUCCUCUCUUUGAACUCCAGUGCCCGAGUUCGCGAACUUGACUUGCGGGGCAUAAGUGGGGACUAUACGCUACCCACGUGCAUAGGAGACAAGGACAAUUCGUCAGGCAUCCAGCUCUUGGAGGAGGUUUUAUUACUAUUAUCAUUGUCAUACAUGACGAUUGGUAAGAACAACGAACUUCCCGCGGUGUAUACUACUCUGGUUGUCAUUAAAACACUGCUCUUCCAUCUGAAGAAUGCUGGCGCAUAUUCCCGACAAGACCUUAAAGCUCUGGAGGCAAGACUUGACGACAUUUCCCGGAUCAUAGAAAAUGGAAAAGAGAAGUAUGGACAGGUGUGGUUUGUAUUUUUUAAGUCGCAGCUUGAGGAUUGCAGACAGUCACUAGUUCCCGUAAAGCGCAACCUAGACGGCUUGUCCCACCAACUUGACCCCCUAUACGAGAAGCUAGUGUCCUUGAUUCGACAGAUCACUGCAGUUGGAUCCCGACCCAAGGUCGUUAUAUCGGAAAUAAAAGAACUCCAAGAGAAGCUCGUUGAAGUCGAAAGCUCACGUGUCGAGGGGAAGUUCCUCGCGCCCGAUGACACUAUACCUGAGGGUCAAGAGUUUAUCAACGAUCUGCUACAAAAAUGCCACUUCAUAGCAGAUUCAAUAAUAUCUGACUCGCUCAGAGUUGACCCGAGCCUCUCUAAUCUCCAUGAUGACCUUGUAGGCACAAAGGGAAAGCUUGAGCAGCUCAUGCUGACCCAAGCUUGGUCUAUGAGAGAAACGGAUUUGUUCGAUAUCCUACAACAGCUCCGUAGACUCGAUAGUCUUCGAGUUAAUGAUCGUUUUGUGGGUACGGACGGAACGUCGCCGGAAGAAGGCCAAAAGCUCGCCUCCAUCGAUAACCUAAGGAACUCAAAGGAUGGCGCAUUUCACGUGGGGAAGGAAAUACCUGAGGGACAGGGUGCAGUGAAUAGUCUAUUGGAGGAAUGCUAUGAGAUUUGCCAUGGACUUAGAUGCCAGGUGGAAGACUCGUAA